UUGGUUUGAACGAGAUCUAGUAAGUGGGUUUUUUUUAAUACGUAAUAAAAUUUAAAAAAAUUUUUUUUUUUUCAUCAAACCCAUACGUGUGACUUUGAAUCAGGAGAUCGCGGGUUCAACCCCCGGCUCAUAUCCAUGAGUUUUUGAUUGGUGCUAGGCGAGUUUUUGUAGUAGAAAUUGUAUAAAUUAAGCAUUAUAUUUUUGGUUGAGCGUGGCAUAUAUUACGUUAUCUAUGCCACGUUGAGUUGAUAUUCAUUCUAGAAAUGUCAACCGGAAUUCCCCUAUUGCAAUGGAAAGUUGCUACCAAUAAAAAUCUAUUUAAUUAUUGUGUGGUGUUGUUGUAAAUUUAAUAUGAAUGUUUAAGUUUGGUGACACCGGUUUUCAUACUACAAACCGUCAUUUCAUAUCCACUAGUUUAUUAAUUUCCGGUGAACGCCUAGGCCACUUCGAUAUUUUUACCUGAUGGCGACUGUGCAAUCUGCGGUACUGGUAACAAUAUUAUAAAUGGUAAUAUUGUAACAAUAGUAUAUGCGGUAAUUUACAACUCAUCUACUGUCAAUAAUUUUUAAUAGGUAUCAUUGUGGUCCAAAUAUAGUUUCUGCGUAAUCCAUGGUUAUCAGUUUUAACUGGUAGGUAUGUUGAAGUAGAUCGCGUCACCAAAUACGUGUAUCAUGUGGAUAAAUAGUCCAGCUUCACCACUACAGUAUCAGUGUUGUUGUGUCUUCACGGAUCAUAGUCACCAUCGUUGCAAAUAUUUGUUUCCAGAUGUUUUUUGCCGGAGACACGUUCACGUUGGUGCUGGCGCUUGGUGCGCUCGUGGGCGCCGCGCGCGCCGACUGCGACGCCUGCGUGGCGGGCCUCUGCCACUCGCGCCGACCCAUCCUCACGGGGUUUCCCGUCACCGACCAGCUGGCCAUCGACCGCGCCAACAACGUUCUGUACCUGCAGCUCAACAGCAACCAGAACACCGCCAUUUUUCUUGACGAUCUGCAGCACCGGCUGGUCAACAUGAUGCGAACCAGUGGCAUGGCUGUCGAUCAGAAAACCUCCGUUUUGUAUUUGGGUACAAAAGAAGUUAAAGAUACAUAUUACGAGUAUGAUCUAGUCAGUAACACAACGAAAGCUAUUAAUACGAGUGAUGAUAAUAGAAAGUCAGACAUAAUGUGUUAUGCUGACGAUACGCUAUAUUUUAUACACAAGAACCAUAAUGGUGUGAAUCUUUAUAAUACGACAGCUAAUGGAGUUUGGCACAAAACAAAUCUUGAAGAUUACUCAAUUAACGAUUUUGUUGUCAUUGACAAUUACCAUUUAUUAUUUGUAUCCAAUAAUACUGUGUACAAAUACGUAUGGAACGACGUACAUCCUUACUUCCACAUAACUCUAAUAGCUAGAAAAAACUAUGUGUUGUCGGUUGAUAAAAAUAAUGAUGUAUUUUUAGCAGACUCAACAGAGAAAGUAAUUUAUAAAGUCAACAAAACAACGGACAAGCUGGAAACCUAUGCGCGUUAUAAGUCUGGGUUGAUCGCGGACUUUGUGUUCGACGGGCGCGACCGCGUGGUGCUGCGCGACGCGCGCGACGUGGCGCAGUGGCUGCCGGCGCCCGCGCACCGCCGCUGCGCCUUCGAUCAUCAGGGCGGCUUCCUUGUGAAGGAACUGUAAAACCCACCGCGGCAUCAAACCUUCUACUUCGCGCUUAUUGCUAACAUUCGAACUUUGUACUACAAAGAGUAAAAUGUCAAAUCAAUUUCGUAACUUUCGAAUCCUCCACCACUCCAUCAAACAGCAUGAUUUAAUUUUUAAUUCUCAUGUUAUUUAUGUUAAUACAAGUGUUUUAUCCACUUCAUUAAUAUGGGUAAAUACACCGUAGAAUUACAAUUCCAUUUAUUUGGUAGAGGUCCAAUAAGUACUUUGAAUACUUACUGCUGUGGCACGACAACCCGAAGUGGAUCCUGGCCUCCGACACCAAAGACCGCCAUGCUUCUCUAUCGCAACCCGUUUCAAUCUAGUCGACGGCGCGGUGCUCGCUAAGGUCUUUUUGCAGUUCGUUUCUCCAGCGAUACCUAGGACGUCCAGGCGGUUUUCGGCCAUAAUAUACCUAAGCGGAAAAAUUAAAACCAUCAAACCUUCCACAACUUUUAAAAUGUAGCGGUAAAGUGAAGUGAUUUGAAAGGCGGCACAAGCAUAUACAGUACAAAAAUGCUUGUGCCGCACAGUGCCGCACACUAGUGGAAUCUCGCCUUUAUAUUUCGAGUAGCGAUAUAAUAUAAAUAAAAUAAAACAGUUUUAUAAAAAGAACACAACAGAUUUGUUGAAUGGGUUUUAUAUAUGUUAACGCAGCAAAUGGUUUGUUUUUGUAAUGUUGCUAACAACGUAUGGUAUUUUCGUGACAACUUAGGAACACUUUAUUUAGACACUGAAAUUUUAUAUUUAUGCCGCUCAGAAUGAGGAGUUCUUCAAGAUUGAAUCACCAUCAUAUUGGUUAGAUAACCAAAUGAUAUCUUACAAAAAAGGUAUACUUAUAAGUACGGUCACAGACUUUAAUUGUUGACCCAUCUAAUUUGGUUGGCAAUACUAAAACUACGACGACUCCGAUGUAUAGUAAACCCUAAAUGUCUCAAGGGGUUUCCAAAAUACGUCUCGAAAAUGACGCAGAUUUAACAACUUGUUGUAAGCUGUGCGUAAGAUGCGCGCCAAUCAAAAUCACUCCAAAUCCAGAACGAGAUGAUAAAUUUGAAUCGGGGUCCUGGUCAUGGUCUGGCCUGGUCUUCUGGCCCUUCUGAUCACAAAGACCCCUGACAUGUAUUAUUAUUAUACUGGAGGAGUGUAAACCGGCGGCGAAAUGUUCGGCAGGCAAUUAUAAUCACGGCUCCUUAUGAAGCCACCAGUAAUAAAUCACCGCACACGGCCCGUACUCAUUUUACAUCAGAAACUGACAGUCUAAAGGUUACGAUGCAGUUGCCACAGCAGUUGACAUUUCCUGCAGCUAUGCAGCCAAUGUGCACUGCAAUGCUAUAUACUGCAUUAAAAUAAUAAUAAAAAUAAUAAAAAAAUAUAAUAAAAAUAUUCUUUAUUUCAAGCUACAAGGUUCAUAGUGUUCAUAAUCAGUUUUAACAUGUCUUAAUUCUAAAUCAUAUAAAUUUAUGUCAAAAAAUAUUGUACAAAAAUAUAUAAACAAUCAUUUAAAAUUGCUCUUUAUUAAAAUUAUUAUUAUUCAAAAUACAAUAUAUAAAAAUUAAAAUUGAAACUAACAUGGGUAUAAAUAAAACAAUACAAAAUAAUAAUAAUAAUACAAAUGCAAUAAAUUUCUACUUCCCUCCCUAUCCUAUUCCAGUCUUAAUUUCAUGCCUGUCACAACAGUGCAUGAUGUAAGGACAGUCCAGUCUGUCCGCGAUCAUCGCUAGGACUGUGUUGGGGCUGGCUCGCACCCGCUGGACCAUGGACGCAGCGCGCAGUCACAUCUAGGUAUGGAAACACGCUGUGUGUGCCGCCGCAAACAUACCCGAGGCGCUGCAGUCGCGAGGCAACCUGCUCGGAAUGCGUUGUUGUAUUGGACGUGAAGUGCACUGUAUAGUUGGCCCAUAGGCUGCAUGUGUACAGUGCCGUGCAGUAGGCUUUGAACAACGUCAACUUCACGUCGCUGGAACACCGAGCAAACCUGCGAGCCAACAUGUUCGCCCUUACACACAAUGCCCUUCGUUCCCGUUCAAUAUCAACAUUAUCCUUCAGGUCGGCAGUAAUGAUAUGCCCUAAAUACUUAAAAUUCUUUACUCUUUCUAGUGGUGUUCCAUAUAGAGUUACCUCCGAUACAUGCAAUGGUCGAUUACUGCCGGCCUCAAAGACCAUAUAUUGGCUUUUAAUCACGUUAUAUUUCAAACCGUGGCUCAUGGCGUACUCCUGUCAAAUUUUUAACAACGUUCUGAGACCACACAUCGACGCGCUCAACAGCACCAUAUCGUUCGCGUAGCUAAGGUUAUUCACACACACGCCAUCCACAUGACAACCAACAUGCUGACUGCUGAGCUCGCCGAUUAGCGCGUUCAUGUACAGAUUGAACAGUGCGGGGUAAGUCAACUCCCCCUGACUUAUCCCGCACCCCAACCCUUACUCCUCAGAUGUUGCUCCUGCCCACCUGACCCUAUUGACCUGGUAUCUAUACCAAUACUUAAAGAUAUUAAUUAAUUCAUUGGGCAUCUUUAUGUUCUCCAUCUUCUCCCAUAGUACUUUGUAGGACACGAGGUCAAAGGCCUUGGAGAGGUCCAGAAAGCAGGCAUAAACCGGCAUCUGACGAUCUGUAUAAUAUCUGAUCGUAUGCUUAAGACACAGUAUGGCACUAUCUGUGGAAAGUCGAGGCCGAAAUCCGAACUGAUUAUCGUGCUUUGCUACUGAUAUAUCAGUUCUGUAAACCAUUCCUUGCAGUAAUGCAAUCAGCAGCAAUACUGUGCAACAUUGCAGAGUAUCAACACAGAUUUCGACAUGCAAGAAAGCACAAAAUCCACAUUACCUCCAUCAAUAUUUAUAGUCGACAGCAAUGUUGUCACAACUAGAAUGUGCCUUUAAGUAACCCGUGCUAAUCUACACCGAAGGCGUAGGCGGGAGAGCAUCAAAGGGCUGGGCAGUAAUUAAAAACGUCCGUCAUUCGCCCGCUGCCGCUCCGCUGGAUUCCUCGCCUCUUAGAUGCUAGAUUAAUUUAGAGGAAGCCCUUUCGGAUUAAGAAACAUGUUACGCAUUGUUCUAUUUUAUGAUACGGGAUUUUUUUAAUACCACGUCGGUGUCAAGCAAAUAUACGGUCCACCAUGCUUCAUCACUGUAGCCUAAGGGCGUCUUCAACUCCAGGGGUGUUACAUGCGCGUUGCCGUCCGUUCAAAAAUUUAUUCACUCCUGUUUUGAAGAAUCGUAUUUACGCACACUUAUUAAAGUAUAUCUAUAAAUAAAUAUAGGGACAUAAGGUAGGUAAGUGGGCGCAUCAGGAGGCCAAUUCGAACGUACACUGAGAUCAAUAUGAUGUUUAAUGAUAUCGUUUAGUUAUCAAGCACAUGGUCAUUUGUAGUAGCAACUGUCAUCCUUUUCCAUUUGUUACUUUUCCUUUGGCGUUGUCUACAUAUGUACGAUUGUAAGCUUGGCUAGGCCCCUGGCCCUGGAGACCAUAAUGAACAGAACAAUAUUUUUUUUCACUUAACAGCAGUGGUCAAAUAAUUUUAAACAUAUCAUCUGCUCAGGUGUACUGCUGCUGAAUGUAUAGUCAGCAUCAAAAGUAGCAGAUCAAACAACGCGACAUUAGUAUCUAUGACGACCGAUCUGGCCUAGUGGGUAAUGGCUCGGCCUAUGAAGCCGAUGGUCCUGGGUUCGAAUCCCGGUAAGGGCAUUGAUUUGUGUGAUGAGCACAGAUAUUUGUUCUCGAGUCAUGGAUAUUUUCUAUAUAUUUAAGUAUUUAUAUAUUAUAUAGCUAUAUCGUUGUCUGAGUACCCACAACACAAGCCUUAUUGAGCUUACUGUGGGACUUAGGAAAUUUGUGUAAUAUUGUCCUGUAAUAUUUAAUAAUAUUUAUUUACCUACCAUUCUGUAAUAGCUUAACAAUAUGUGAUGGUUCUAUACCUAUAAGUAGAAAAUCUAAUACUGUAAAAAAAUCAAAAUUGAAGAAUUGAAAGAGAAAUACAUGUUUCACGUCAAGAGACUGUUAAGCUAACAAUCUUAAAACUAGUUAUACUGAAUACAUAACUACUAUGUAUCUUAUAAGUCAAUGUCAUAAUCAAAAUAACUAAACAUAACUACUAA